GACUAUCGUAUGACGUGAUUUGCAAAACAGAUAGGUUUAUAAAGAAAUAACGAUGAGAUUUCUUUACUGUCUUUUGAAGUUACUGAAGAAAGCUUAAAUAUCGGUGAUUAAAUUGAAACAAAUUUGACGUCUAUUUUGCACAAACGGUAAAAAAGUCAUUUGGCCUUCGGAAUCACGCGUUUUUAUCACUCUUCAUCCGGUUUCCUCCAGUCAACAACAGCAGCAACUCUACGUUACAAACACCACUUCCGCCAACACGGCUGGCCACCUCCCCCACCCCGCCAUGGCCCUGACAACAUUCCUGCACAUCGCAGCCGUCAAAAAAUGUAUCGGCGGUCGGCGAUCACAAGCGGCACGUAGCCACCCCGCCGACCGGCCGGCGCGUGUGUGCUGUGUGGCGCUACAUAAACAGCACAGGCUGCCGGCAGACCGGUAACUCUCUGCUGCCUCCGCCGCCAGCAUGAUCUCUCCGUCUGUGAUCUCUGCCGUUCUUCUGGUGGCGGUGCUCAGCGCCGGAGCGGCCGCCGCGCCCGCCAGUGCCAACACGAGCGUCCCCACCCGCCCGCGGGGGCCCGUCGGUCGCGCCGGGCCGCCACGGAGGACCCGCUCCUGUGACCCGGCCAUAGUCCUGUGCGUGGAGACCGAAGCCGACGCGGGCUACUCGCCCGGUUACCAGCAGCCGCGGUUCUACUCGGUGGGCAGGGUGCCCUACGUGCCGGUGGUCCCGGCGGCGCCGCCCGUGCCGCGGUUCCGCCUGCUGCCGCCACCGGUCCCGGUGAGGCCGGUCCUCCCUCCGCCCGUGGUGGCCGUCAUCCCGCCGCCGCCCGUCAUCCCGCCACCGGCUGACGUACGCGUCAUCGAGCCCUCGGUGCGGCUGGUGCCGCUGCCGCCGUUCGAGCCACCGCGGGCCGUCCCGGUCCUCCCUCAGCAGAUCGUCUCUGUGAUUCGACAGCCGACAGUUUCCGUGAUCCGACAGCCGACAGUCUCUGUGGUCCGACAGCCGUAUGUCCCACGAACGCGACUCUUCCCAACGUACCCAGACACACGGGUGCAGGCGCCCAGUCGGCCGGACAUCCGCUCGUUCUACCAGUCGGCCGUGCAGGUGGGAGAAGGUGUGGUCCACCUGGGCGGCAGGACGGCCGAGCUCAUCUGCGACUUCACCACCAACGGGCCCUACCCCAGCUCCGACAUCCUCACCGACGUGGUGUGGCAGAGGCUGGGUAACGAUGACGUCUACCUGAACACCCCGAUGGCCUCGGGAUCGGAGAACGUGCUGUACUGUCCCAGCGACUACGUCGUACCGCCCCCGGUCAACUACGACUUCAACGUCGUCGGCACCAGGACAAGCCUGGUGAUUCAGAACUCCAGUUCACGAGACUACGGCACCUAUCGGUGUUACGCCACCCGCGUCAACCGGCUGAAUCCCGACGACCGGCAUCCAGUCUACAUGGAGAUCCAGUUCGCUGCCAACUCGCCCCGUACUGGACUGGUGGGGUGAGGAUCCGCCAGAGCGAGGGAACGUCCUUCCUUGACCAGGGAGUAGGCGUGCUUAGGUACUGCAUGGUGUUCAGUGCGUGUUCGUGCGUUUGUAAAAGACAUGGAAGAGUCGUGAGAUAUUUGGAGGGCACGAUGGGAUAGGGAUAAGAUUGUUACCAAAAGUGUCGAUAGAAGCUGAAAAUGCUCUCUUCUAUCUCUAGUUAAUACUACCGGCCAACAACUAGGCAGCGCUCGUCUUCCACUGGCACGGAUAACUUUUGUAUGUACCUUUGCUUCCUCCAUGAACUGGGCAAGUGACGCUUGAAUAUGCUAUCUGCGCUUGAUGAUAUUUUGUUUGGUCUAUGCGAAUGCUACGUGCUUACUGCUUAUAUUCUCGCUUGUUCUUUUGUUUGAAUGCUGCGAUAUAGCUCGGUGUUAAAGAAGUUGACAUAACAAACUCAUAGUUAGUCACAUGCAGUUUGUAUUCAUAGUCAUAAUUGCUACAUAAAAAAGCAUGCGUAGCGUGCCCAAAAGGAAAUCGAUGACGCUUCCAUAAACUGCACGCAUGGAGAUUCCGGUCUAAUUCAUCACAUGACCCGGUUUGUCGUUUCGUCACUUUCUGCAUGUUGCUUUUGUGCUAUUUGGACAUUUUUUGUGAUAAUACAUAAGACGUCGCUU